UAAGUAUUAAUUAUAAAACACACUAGGAGAUAUAUAUUUCACAUAUUUUUUGAAAUAUUUUAAACUGCUAAUUGAAACGUCAUACGAUCCAGAAGUAAUCAAUAAGCGUGCACCUGUUUAUGAUGACAUUUAAAAAUGAUUUUGUCAAGAGCAAAACCAGCUUCUUCAGAAGGAUCAAGAUUAUCUGCAUCACGUACUAAUAUACCAAAGUUAGAAGAAUUUUUAGAAAAACGUGACUACAUAGGUGCUUUAACUCUUUUAGAAUUUAACAGUACUUCUGGCAGUAAUUUGGAAUCAGAAUUAUGGAUGGGUUAUUGUGCUUUUCAUCUUGGAGACUACAAGCGAGCUCUCACUAUUUAUGAAAAUCUUAAAAAAAAAGAAAAUGUUCUAGUCGAUUUAAUUACAAACUUAGCAUGUUGUAAUUUUUAUCUUGGGAUGUAUCCGGAAGCACAAAAAUUAUUGGAAGAAGCACCUAAUAGUAAAUUGAAGACAAGACUUUUAUUUCAUUUAGCACACAAAAUGGGUAAUGAAGCAAAGUUGCUGGAGUAUCAUCAAAUGUUGCAUGAUGUUUUGGAAGAUCAACUUAGUUUAGCAUCCAUACACUAUCUUAGAGCACAUUACCAGGAGGCUAUUGAUGUUUAUAAACGGAUAUUGCUUGAUAACAGCAAAGUGGAUGAAAGAAAAAAAAACAGUUUUAUGCAUGAAACUGAUUCAGAAGUAUAUUUUAUUACACAAUUAAAAAAUUGCAGAGAUUAUGUAGCUUUAAAUGUAUAUGUAGCUUUGUGCUACUAUAAGUUAGAUUAUUAUGAUGUUGCACAAGAAGUUCUGCAAGUGUACUUACAAAAAUUUCCAGAUAGUGCAAUUGCAAUCAAUUUGAAAGCUUGUAAUCAUUUUCGUUUAUAUAAUGGUAAUGCUGCACAAGCUGAAAUGAAGCAGCUUAUAGGAAAGAUAUCAAGCUCUUUUACUUUUGGACAUGAUCUUAUUCGUCAUAACACUGUUGUAUUUCGAAAUGGGGAAGGAGCUUUACAAAUUUUACCAAAUUUAGUAGAUGUUAUACCAGAAGCUCGACUUAAUUUGGUAAUAUAUUAUUUAAAACAAGAUGAUAUAAAGGAAGCAUAUGAACUUAUUAAAGAUCUUGAACCUGCUGUUCCACAAGAAUACAUUUUAAAGGGCAUAGUAAAUGCUGUAAUGGGUCAGGAAAUAGGUUCUCGUGAUAAUAUAAAAACUGCUCAACAAUAUUUUCAAUUGGUGGGUUCUUCUGCAUCAGAAUGUGAUACCAUACCUGGUAGACAAUGUAUGGCAUCUUGCUUUUUCCUUUACCGACAAUUUGAAGAAGUUCUGGUUUAUUUAAACUCAAUUAAAACUUAUUUUUCUAACGAAGAUAAUUUUAAUUUUAAUUAUGCACAAGCACAAUCUGCAGCAGGUUAUUUUAAAGAGGCAGAAGAAGCUUUCUUGAUGAUACACAAUGAAAAAUACAAAAAUGAUUAUAUUUACAUCAGUCUUUUAGCUUAUUGUUAUAUUAUGAAUAAAAAAGCAAAACUUGCAUGGGAGUUAUAUUUAAAAAUGGAUACAUCAACAGAAUCAUUUAAUUUAUUGCAAAUGAUUGCGAAUACUUGUUACAAAGUAGGUGAAUUUUGGUAUGCUGCUAAAGCAUUUGAUAUGUUAGAACGAAUGGAUCCUAGUCCAGAACACUGGGAGGGUAAACGUGGAGCUUGUUGUGGUACAUUUCAAUAUAUUGUCGCAGAAAAACAACCAACAGAUCUACUUCCUGAAAUAAUUCUUUUGCUUAGAAAUACAUCUAAUUCACAAGUGGAACAAAUUAUUCGUGUUAUGCGUAAAUGGGGUAAAGAUAACAGGAUUAAUUGUUAAUGCUGUGAUGUAUAAUGAUUUAAUAAUCAAUUCCGUCCAUUAAUGGCCUUGUUUCUUAUUUUCUUUUAUAUUCUAUGAAAAUAUCGUUAAUUGGCAAAACAAUAAUGGGACCAACGUGAAUGCUCAAAAACUAUUGUUGUUUUGUUAUGAAACAACACUACUUGUGGUUGCUGCUUUAAUAUAAAAUAGAUAUAUUUAAACCGUGAUACACUCAUUUGUAUAAUAAUAAUUACGAUAUAAUAAUAAUAAUAACCUUUAACAAACAUAAUCGAAGUAUUUUAAAAACGCCAUAAUUUAUGACGUACUAUUUUUCUUCUACUUUCAUGUACGAUUAGCCGACGACCUGUAGCAUAAAUUUGAAAAAUUUUUAAACACAUUUAUAUGUUAUAAAGUAACUUGAAUCAUACACACUUUUUCGAAAAUAUUUCUAUUGAAUAGAUGCUACAAUGAAACUAAAAGAAAAAGAUUUAAUUUAAAAUAAAAGAUAAAAUUUAAAGUUUUAAUGUUUAUAACAUAAAAAAACAAAAUAAAUUUUAAUUUAUAAGUUCUUUGUAAUAUCUUGUUAAAAAAAAUGAAAAUAACAAGUACUUUUUUCAGUAAAAUUAAACUUAAUUAUUUGAUUGAUGAUACUAAAAGAUAUUUUCCAUUUUAUUCAUAAAAUGUAUUAUUACUUAGCCAGUACUAGUACAAAUAUAGAGAAGGAGUGCCUAGUACCAAUUAUUUCUACAUAGUUACAUAUAAAAAUAGCACCAAAAUGAUUAACGAUAUACAUACUAGCAUGUUAAUGCAAAUUUCAUUUUGUAUGAUAUCGAUUCUUCUCUGAAAUACAUCUUAUUUCUCGGCACUCAUUCUCUAACUAUGUUUAUCUACAUUUGAGUCUUCAGUACAGUCCGUCAGGUGAAAUAACUUUAAUAGUCCACACUAGUAUUCAAUUGUUACACUCCAUAAUUUAAAAAAGAUCACCGUUUUUCAAUUGCACGAUACAUACACUCAGUAUCCGUUUCAUCAAACGUUGACACUCUAAGAUCAAGUUAAAAUUGAUUAUGCUAAAGGUGUAAAUAUAGUAGUAAUAAAGCAGAAAGUAUAUGCAGUGUUCAUUUAAAGUCAUUCAUGUAUUACGCUUUCUUUCUAUCAUUCGUUAUCACUUUCACACAUUCUCUCACACAUAGUUUUGAAAAGAUCCUACGAAUUUUGUGCUCACACUUUCGUAUGUUCAUAUACAUUAUGAUGAAAGUAUCUUUUUGGCAAUUUGCUACUAGCCAAUAAGGCUCGAUGUUGUAGCAUGGGCGGCGUUAUCUACCGUAUUAAUUAAUUUUCAAAAUUCUGUACAUAUAAGAGAGUAACUGUCAGAUCAUUACAGCGACAAAUAUUAUGCAAUAUCCUUAUGAGCAUCCCUUCAGAAUACAGUUAGUUUUAAGAAACACAUACAUGCGUGAUAUUAAGAGAAACUUUCUACUUCAUUAAUUGUUUUCAUAUUGAAGAACAGUUGUCAAAAUUGGUUCCAUUUAUACGAAAAAACUAAUUGCAUUAACAACAAUUAUUAUUCAUUAAUUUAUGUAGUCAAUGUAAAUUCUUUCACUACUGCAUGUUCUCAAGUUAGGUCAAUUAUAGAAUAAGUAGUUAUUUAAUGACAUUUAUAUACCUGUUAACAUUAAUUCUUAAUAACAUUAAUCAUAGAUGAACAAGUUAGUUGUUUUAGCAGUUUAUAACGUGAUGAAUGAAUAUUUGAUUAUAUCGCGGUAUGUCUCUUAUCAUACAGGUAUAUCGAGAAUUUUCUUCUGUUUUCUAAGAAAUUUCUGUACUCGAAAGGAUGAUGGAUGCUGCACUUAUACAUCAAAGCAUUUAUACGUAGCGUAGAUUCGACCAAGCAAAGGAUCUAUGCAACGUAAAAAUGAAUUCUUAUACCGAUAAAUUACACAAUAAAGUAAUAGUAAGAAAACGACUAUUUAAACAAUCGUGUACGCACGAUCAUUAUAGUUUUGACCCCGUUCUUCAGAAAAUAAUUUUCUAUUCCGUGCACCAAAUGCAAAACUAUAUUAUUCGUUCGUAUUUGUACAUGGAAAUAGGAAAUCAAUUUCUAUCAUUUAUUUAAUGAUUAUAAAAUAGGGUCCAAUAUUAUUAUUCAUACAAUUCGAAGAUACGCAACGUGUUUUUGAAUUUAUACAGAUUGUAUAAGAACGUUGUUUGGCAUUUAUAUAUGGCGUUGUUGGAUGUUGAAUGUUUAAAAUUUUAAAUCAUCACAUCAACAUGGAUGUUGUAUGAUUUCUUGAAAUUUGUUUAGAAACGAAGCGUCAAAUCGACAGCAUGAACUUGUAUAGAUAAAUUAAACUAAGACAUUAAUUCUUUUACAGUAUAUCAUACACAUGUUUAGAUAUUAAGCUAAACUAAUUUUGAACCGAAGACAAAUUGAAAGGAGAUGCGCAUAGAAGCUACUAAUUUCUAUCUUUUUAUUUUAUUUUUUUUUUAAAUAACAGAGAAAGCAGAUAUAUCAAGAUACAGUGUUUCAUGCUUCCAUAUAAGAAGAAUACUUUCAUGAAUGAUAUCAUAUAGAAAAAUUAGUGUAAAUGCACAUACGUACUGCGUAUUCUUACGUGUGAGUAUUUGAAAAUGAUACUUAUAUUAAUUAAAAAUAUGAUUCUCUUACAUAAUAAAAAUGAGUUUAAGCGAAAUUCAAGAAAAUGUAAUUCGUUAAUAUCAUUAUAUUAUGAUUUCAAUUCUGUAAUAGGAACUAAAUGCAAAGAUAUAGGUCAUGGGAUUUAUUUGUUUAGGAUUUCACCAAAUCUUUAAAUUUGUUUUUCUAGUUUUUUAGGGAUCUUAAACAAAUAUAGUGCAUUCCACGAAGACGAUUUUUGUACAAAAUGUACUCGAAGAAGCAUAAUAUGAACACAGAUUGUUAAACAUAUAUAUAUAUGUAAUAGUGUGUGUGUGUGUGUGUGUAUAUAUAUAUAU